AUGAUGCUGUGGCUGCUGAGUUCCCUUCUCCUUGUGGCCCUUGCCUCAGGCGGCCGCCACCCCUCCCACGGCCCCUCUGGCCGCGUGGUCAAUGGUGAGGAUGCUGUUCCCUACAGCUGGCCAUGGCAGGUCUCCUUGCAGUAUGAGAAGGACGGGGCCUUCCACCACACCUGUGGCGGCAGCCUCAUUGCCCCCAAUUGGGUCCUGACUGCAGGCCACUGCAUCUCGACAUCUCGAACCUACCAGGUGGUGCUGGGCGAGUAUGACCGGAGUGUGAAGGAGGGGCCUGAGCAGGUGAUCCCCAUCAACGCUGGCGACCUCUUCGUACACAAGGGAUGGAAUAGCAACUGUGUGUCCUGUGGCAAUGACAUCGCCCUGGUCAAGCUGUCACGCAGUGCUGAGCUGGGGGACACUGUCCAGCUGGCCCAGCUCCCUCCCGCUGGUGAAAUCCUGCCCAAUGAAGCGCCCUGCUACAUCAGUGGCUGGGGCCGCCUGUACACCAAUGGGCCUCUCCCAGACAAGCUGCAGCAGGCCCUGCUGCCCGUGGUGGAUUAUGAUCACUGCUCCAAGUGGGACUGGUGGGGCUUCACUGUGAAGAAAUCAAUGGUGUGCGCUGGCGGGGACAUACAGUCUGGCUGCAAUGGUGACUCUGGAGGACCCCUCAACUGCCCCACUGAGGAGGGCAACUGGCAAGUCCAUGGGGUGACCAGCUUCGUUUCUGCCCUGGGCUGCAACACCCUCAAGAAGCCCACGGUGUUCACACGAGUCUCAGAUUUCACUGACUGGAUCGAGGAGACCAUUGCCAGCAACUAG